UGUUUUCAUGUGAUUAGAAUAAAAAAGUAUUGAAAAAAAAUUACAUUUAAAAGUGAAAUCCGCCCCAAUUUUACCUGAAACAACGAUUUCAAACGACUCUUACUGCGCAGUCGACAGAGAUACAAGCGCUAAGGUUGACGCUGACGUUGCUUGUGACGACAGUUACGGUUUUGGUGAAAAAGUGCAGUGUACCUGAAUGCCCUUUACACCCGUAUUUUCAGUGGAUCCCGCUGCUGCGUUCCUUCUUGCUUGAAUUUGGCAACAGAUUUGUGCUUUCGUUUCGUCGGCGCAAAUCGAAUCGUCAAAGGUACACUGCGUAAUACUCGAGAAGCGAACAUACACGAGCUUCCCAGCAUCAGUAGUCAGUGCGUUUACAAUUUAGAAGAAAAUAUAAAGCAAACAUUAAAUUUAAAAACACCAAUUAAAAGCGAUGAAACAAAAGCAAACUAACUGUCUAUAGUUUCAGCAUCAGCUGAAAUAACAUCAUCCAGAUUCAAGACAACACCAAUAAACAGUAGACGAAGAGUUUUAGCGGAAAGGAGUGUCUCCGACACCCCCCUUUGUGGUGUAUUUCAAAGUCUAUAGUUGGUAUAUCCAACUGAAUUGCACAACGCGAGGUAAACGUGCACACGCUGACGCUGACAGUUUCGAGAUGGCUUGUUUGAACACAUUAAAAUUGGAAAUAAAAACACUGGAAAAAAUAUUUAACAAAAACCACGAACGCUUUCAGAUACUGAAUUCCAGUGUCGACGAAUUGACAUGUCGCUUCAUUGGCAAAAAUGGCAAGCGAUAUGAUAUUCACGCAAAUAUUACGGAAACGUAUCCAUCCUCGCCGCCCGUUUGGUUUGCAGAGAGUGAAGAGACAAGCGUAACAAAUGCCGUACAAAUACUUAGCAAUACGAAUGGACGUGAUAAUCAUGUUAUAAAUCAGGUUGGCAUAUUACUACGUGAACUGUGCCGCCUGCACAAUGUCCCACUGCCACCCGAUAUCGAUAACCUCACAAUACCGUUUCAAUUGCCACCCCCAAGUGCGUCACCAUUGCAUCAGCAGCCGGCAGCGCAGCAUCAGAUCGAGGACAUCGAUUCGGAUCAAGAUGAUGUAGAAGAUCUUAUAUGCGAGAGCGAGCAGGAGAGUGAGGGCGACGAGGAUCUACCAUUGGAAAUGGACGACGGACGCAGCGCGAAUAAAGUUGAGAAGGAUGAAAUGGAAGUGGAACAUCUGGCCACAUUAGAAAGACUACGACAAAGUCAAAGACAAGACUAUUUAAAGGGUUCUGUUUCUGGUUCCGUUCAAGCAACCGAUCGUCUCAUGAAAGAGCUACGUGACAUCUACCGUUCCGAUUCCUUUAAGAGUAAUAUGUACUCCAUAGAGUUAGUAAACGAUUCGAUAUACGAGUGGAAUAUACGCCUGAAAUCUGUUGAUCCUGACAGCCCGCUACACAACGACUUGGUCAUGCUCAAAGAGAAGGAAGGAAAAGACAGCAUAUUGCUGAAUAUUAUUUUCAAAGAAACCUAUCCAUUUGAGCCGCCAUUCGUACGAGUAGUGCAUCCUAUAAUAUCGGGUGGCUAUGUACUCGUGGGCGGUGCCAUAUGUAUGGAACUGCUGACAAAACAGGGCUGGAGCUCCGCUUACACUGUGGAAGCUGUCAUCAUGCAAAUUGCCGCAACCCUCGUGAAGGGUAAAGCCAGAAUUCAAUUUGGCGCUACAAAGGCAUUAUCGCAGGGUCAGUACAGCUUGGCGCGUGCACAGCAGAGCUUUAAAUCCCUGGUGCAAAUACACGAGAAAAAUGGGUGGUUCACACCGCCAAAAGAAGAUGGCUAAAAACGCAUUAACGGCAUCGUCUCUUUCUCUACCCUAAAUAGCGAGUAAUUCAUGCAUAUUAAUAUACGUUUUUAUCAUUUCCUUCGUUAAAAAAACAAAAAAAAGCAAAAUAAUUAUAUCUUAUAAAUAUACUUAAAUUAUAGUUGAUAUAAAACGCAAACAAAUCUAUCCAUGUAUACAUAAAAGGCACUAAACAUAUAAGAGAACUAGAAAAAGUUAGUAAAAACUUAAAGUAUAAGCAAAUAAUUAUAACAAUGAUCACAUUUGGCAGGAAAGCGCAAAUAUUACUAGCAUAGUUCUAAAACCACUUUGUAAAUCAACACAAUUGGAACAGUAGCAUAUUUACUUGGUAAAUGACCACAUGCGAAGCGUAUGAGAAUCCAAUACUAGACAUUUGUAUGUAUAUGAACUGAAGGUUUUUGAACACAGGAUAUAUUCGUUUACCAUUCGUCAAAAGACCGUAUGCUAUUAAUAUAUUUUACGUAUGUACUUAUGUAAAUGCAUGUCUAAACUAAAUGUGUGUCUAUUUUGGGUGUAAAAAUAAGCGUCUACAUUAAUGAAAAACAACUAUGCUAGGCCUUGUUGCAGUUGUGAAAAGAAAAAUUUGAAUAAAUUAAAUAUUUAGUUGUAUUUAUGCAGAUGUGUGAGCAUAUGUUUAGUUCCAAUUACACUCAGCUAGAGGAGAGAAUUUAUGUUCCGAAAAAUUUAACGCACUACCGUAGGUUAGGGGAUGUAUCUUAUAAUACCAAACGUUUGUGGAAAUAUUUAUUUAAAUAGUUGUAAAAAUAUAAUAAAUAAAGUAAUUACAAAAUGCCACAUAAUUUAUAUAGAAAAUAUUGCUUGUGAAUAAAUUUCGAUUAAACGGAGUGACUACAGUUUAAUUUACCAGUUGUACUUUUUCAAAACAGUUAAUACUGAGCUGAAAAAUUACAAUAAAGAAAACUCUAAACUGCUUUUAAACAAUCGCAUACAAUUGAAGAGAACCUUUAAAGUUUUUGUUUUGAUAAAUUAAAAAGUUUACUUUUGCUAUGAAAUCGAAAAUUGUCGAAAGACUUUUAAAAAAUUUGAUAGAACCUCAGCACAGUCGGCUCCAUGGAAUUCUAAAUGCUUCAAGUUUAUAUUGAGGCAAGAUUAAUCCCCUCCGUAGUAUUCACUUAAGCUAUUUGUGGAUUAUUACAAUAAAAACUAGAUACACAUUAUUGUAUUAUAUUUUCCUUAUAAGCAGUAUUGCAAAUACUCAAUAAUAUUGGCAAUAAGAAACAAAAUUUAAAGUUUAUUAAAAUGUUUUUUUUUUUAGAUUUUUGUCACAAUCAGGAGAAUUUUAUUUAUUCGUAUGUUAUGUUUUCAUUUCAAUCAGUGGUCUCACAUGUGUUAUGUGCUAUUUAUGGUUUUCUCUUUUAUGUUUCUUUUCCUACUAAAUACAAAUAUCUCAUUCAGAAGUCUAGUAAAUAAUCAUAAAUAACGUGUCCAUAUUAAUCAAGUUUUUAAGUUUGCUAAGAACUACAAUUAAAUACGUACAACAAUUGCAAUACAAAAACAAGGAAGUUUAAUCGUAAUUGAAAUAUUUAAUAAUGAUUAAAUUAAAGUGAUCCAAAUUGCAACAAUAAGAAAUGUAAAAACCGUAUAAUCAUAAAAAAAACAUUAUUUAAGUUUGUAUUGUAUAUUCAUCAAAAUCACAUUCAUGCCAUGUAAACAAACAUACAUGCUGACAAAUGAUUAUGCGCUAGUAGUUAUACUAAGAAGUUCUGUACGUACACCCACAAUACAUGUUGUUAAAAAGGCUAGUUGUAAGAUCGCUAUCAUUUAAGUAUUUAUAAAUUACUUGAAAUGAUAAACGAACUUUAUAUUCAGUUUAGGUUAAAUAUCAACAAAAUAAUGGGCUUACAACUACAUAGGUAGCUACGUAUACUAUGUAUCAUAUGCAUAUGCUAAGAAUUUGUAGCGUGUAAUGUAUGUUAAGAUACACAUACAUAUAGUAUAUAUUGUAUUUUAAAAUGUCGAAGUAAAUAUAAUAACUACCUAUAUAAUACAUUGAAUACCCACAUAUAAAUAA